GUUGAUACCCCGGCGUCAUCAGUCUGCGUAAACGAAAUCCUCAACUGAUAAACAAGACGGUGCUAAAGGUAAACACAUUUACAAGCUUCAGAUGUGUGAGGGACCUUCAUCAAUAUCUGGGCCAAUCCCCCCAGAUCCUUCUCUGUUUCCUCAGUACUACAGACGACCUGCUUCAGCACGUGGUCGUUUAGAGGGAAACCAUGAUGGAACGCUGGCCCUGCUGUCAGGGCCUCUUGCUCCAGAUCCUGUGUUGUACCCUGGCUGCUACAGUGCUCGUACCCCAGCACGUCCUCCACGCGUCAGCCCUAAUGCCGCACAUAUUCUGGAACGAGGACAGAGAGGGGUAGUAGGGGAACUACUCAAAACAGACAGUGUCUCUAUCACUCCUGUUCCCAAACAGAAACAGCGGGUACAUGAUUUUGGUAAGGAAAAUGUGCGUCGGCUCAGGGAAAUCCAGAAACGCUGUAAAGAGCAGGAGGCAGAAAGAGCGCAGUCUCGUCAGGUUCCAGUCAAAGCUCUUUGGACCUCCUCCAAAUACCAGAACGUCCCAUCCAAGGUGAUGGUCCAGCUACAGGUUUCUACUCCAACUCCUAAACCACAUUGUCAAAACUUUCUGAAGGCCCACUCUACUACCCCACCAAGAUCACGCUCCAAAACCUCUCCUGUAGCUUUGCAUCGCCCAGCCUCCUGCAGCUCCAUACAGGACCAACACCUGCAAUUACAGGUGCAAGGCCAGACAAUAGACUUCAUAAAACACAAUGCCCGAUCUGCAGGAAAAACUGUGCUGCGUCGGUCCCAGUCACUGACAAACCUUAGAGAGAAGCCCAUCCCCAGUGCAGUCAUUGGACAGGUGCCUCAGUAUCUCGAGGAAAGGAAGGAGCGGUGGCAGAGAGAGGAAGAGGAGAGAAGGAGAAACGCACCUGAUCCUACAGCCCCAGCUGGUCACACCUUGAUGCCUGAGAGUGAGAGACAGGAGACGCUGAAGUCCCUCAAAGAAACCCAUCGCUCCUUGGUGAGUGAGCUCCUGUCACUUCCUCUAAAAGCUGACAAUCUGGGUGUUCGUUCACGCCGGGCCCAUCUUGAUUGUAAGCUUUCUGAAAUUGAGGAGGCCAUUAAAAUAUUCUCCAGGGACAAAGUUUAUGUAAAAAUAGAUUCCUAACACAUGAGGAGGACGAAGAGGAAGAGAGAGAAGGAAGAUGGUCCUGUAAAUCCACUGCUUCAUUGAGAUUCAUUUUCAUUUUGUAGUUGCAUUAUGUAACAACCCUGUAAAAUACAUGAUCAUUUUAAUGUUAGUAAAGUGCUUUCUUUUGUAAAUUAAAGAUUCUAUAUUAUGAACUGAGUGAAUAUUACAUAAGGUCAAUGAGUUACGAAAUACAUGCUAAAGAAUGAUAUGCAGUUUCCUUUUGGAAGAAAAAAAUAAGCAGAUGCACUGUAAACCGAACAGUAAAAACUGUUAGCUCCGUAAAUGUUGAGAUGUGUUUUGUUUUUGUAUGAAAGUGGCUGGUGAUUUGUAAAAAUGAAUAUUGUGAUUUUUUUAUUUUGUAUGUAUAUUUUCAGAUG